AUGCCACAAUCAACAGCUGCUGAGGGCAAUGUCCGCCCCAAGCCUCCUCGACGCUUUUCUUCACAUAUGCGCCAGCACCGUGGCUCACCAGCGGCAACAAGCUACGGUACCUUUGGAACUAUUGGCCAUAACCUGACAUCGACAGGCAGAACGAAUGCCGAGAUUGAUACUCUUCUUGAACAGAUACACGAAGAAGAUGAACAUGCAGAUUCUGACGGUCUCUACCCACCAAAUUGUAGCUGGACAGCAGAUGGACGAAGGCCAGUUGGAACCGAUCUGUUCAACCACGACGAAUGGCCAGUGUACAAGAACAUUCACGGAGUACGCCAUGAGAUUAUUAACAGUAUCGAUGACCCCUACUCGCUUGAACAGCUGAAGGCACCCCGAAUGAAUAUUAGUGUUGUACGCCCACUCGUCGACCAAUUUUAUGAGAGUCAAGAUCUCAGUAUUGUCUAUUGUCUACUUGUCAACCGCUUCCAAUUCUUUCGCGAACAGUCCUUUGCGGCACACCAUCAGACUGUCAACCUGACACGAGCACUUCUCUGUGAGAUUGUGGCAGAGAAGGUCUUGCGACGGUACAAUGAGCGUAAUCCUGGACCAAAAGGCCUCCUGAAACUUGCGAACAUUCUGGUUGCUGCAUUCGAACCAUUUCAAAAUGCUCCUGACGAUGUUGUUAAGAACAAUUAUCACGUUAUGCACUACAUGCGAAAGAAGGGUGGCAAGAUGGAAAAGGGCAUGACUGCCUUGGAGGUCGCGAUUAUCAGUGAAAGCAAAUCCUUCCUCGCCAGUAGCGCUUGCCAGAAAGUGGUCGAUGCUAUUUACCGAGGCAAGAUAGUCUAUACUCCUAACAGCUUUUUGGACAUUCUGCCGGAUUACUGGAAGAAAAGGCCUGUAUCCUUGUAUGACCCUCGGCGUGGUCCUUUACUCAACCAGUAUCGCUUGGCGGUUCCGAGGACGAGGAGUGUGAUUGAAAUAAGCCAGUAUUUCAUUCUUCUUGUCCUCUACCUUCUCGUUAUGGAAAGCCGAGAAUCCCGUCAGACGACGACUUAUAGGCCGUUGGAGAUGGUCUUCGACGUAUAUACUUGGGGCUGGGUACUAGACCAAGUUGCUUCUAUGCUUGAACAUGGCUGGUCAGUCUAUACACAAAAUCUGUGGUCAUUUCUUGACGUUAUGUUCUGUGCGAUCUUUGUGUUCUAUUUCUGGGUUCGCAUGUACGCACUAGGUCACGACGACUUGGAGCAGGCUCAAGACUGGGCACGGUUGGCUUUAGAUGCUCUGAGCUGUGCUGCACCAAUCCUUAUACCACGACUUGCAUUCAAUCUGUUAUCAGACAAUUUGGUAUUCUUGUGCCUAAGAGACAUGCUCGCAAAUUUUGUCACCUUGGUCUUCAUGGCCUCCUGGUGCUUUGUUGGGUUCUUGCUGUCCUUGAAAUGGAUCCAUAACGGCCUCCAUGAACCAGUGACGAUCGGAAAAUGGAUGAUCUGGAUUUGGUUCGGUCUGGAUGGUACUGGAAUACAGAAAAGCCCCAGCUUUCACUGGUUCUUGGGGCCUAUGAUCAUGAUUCUGUUCGCCUUUUUGGGUAACACUUUGUUCGUUACAAUCUUGGUGUCCAUGCUGUCAAAUACAUUCAGCAAAAUAUCGGCGAACGCUGUGCAGGAGAUGCAGUAUAGACGGGCUGUGUUGACUUUCGAAGGAGUCAAGGCUGAUGCACUCUUCUCCUAUAUGCCACCUCUGAACCUCUUCGCACUACUCUUCAUCCUUCCCCUCAAAUUUGUUCUAACCCCCAGAUGGUUCCACAAGGUCAACGUCUUUUGUGUGAAGAUAUUCAAUGCGCCUCUGCUGAUCCUCAUCAGCCUCUAUGAGAGACGCGUCUUGUGGGUAUCGAGCAAGUAUAAACGAAUGAGAGCACGGGAUAUAGAUUGGAACAGCCCUGAUGGACCACAUACAAAGCUUGGCUGGUUGUCUAGGAACAUCAAGUACUACAGCCUUUCACGCUUCAGUGCGCACGGUGAUCUAGAGGCUGUCUUUGACGAAGUGCCUGCACAGACUGCGCAAGAUGCAGAACAUGAAGAAGGUAUUGGUAGAUCCCUAAGAGAAGGAUUUGUCAAGCAGUUUGACCAGAAGAAGAGAUCUGAGAAUCUGAAACGAAGCUUAAUGAGCACAAUCUCUUCGUCUCUGAAGAAAGAGUUCAAUACUGAUUCUGAUGACGGAGAUGAUGAGGAUGAAGCACCAAAAGGCUAUUCGAAAGUGAAAAGAAAUGCAAGGAAAGACUCAUUAAUGGACUUCAACGAGAACAAUACAAGUAUGACCGAGGCCAAUGCACGGCUGCAUUCGCUGGAGGAAAGCAUGGUGAGAAUCGAGGCGCUUCUGUUGCAGCUGACGAACGGUGAGGCGAGCGAUGAGCCUAUUGGCGAGGAUGAUGCGCCAGAAGUUGACGACGCACCUCCUGGUGCUGCAGAUUAA